GCUUUUUACCAGCUGUGAGGGGGGGGGUGCUGGACAGGGUAAUUUGAAGAUAGAACCAGCUCCCAUAACUGUUUGUUUGUAUUUUUAUUUUGUUUUUAAAAAUAUUCAUUUAAAUUCUUACCAUCUCCUCCUUAUCAUUUUUUUUCAUUUUCAUUUUUGGGAUACUAUGAAAGCCAAUGCAUUUCGGAUGCAUUCCUGCUGCUGGCUGGGACUAUGAUUUAUGAGCUUUGUUCCCAUGACAGACUUGCACUCAUUCAGUCUCAUCAAAACAGGAGAGAGCUGUGAUUUGUCUUUAACUUUCUUGCAUCUUCGACGAUUCCAGCUGCAGCAGGUACUUUCUGCACUUGAGCGGCUGCCCUGCUGCGUGUAGGUGUUGAAGCAGCCAUGUGGAGCAGAGAGAGCGCUUCUCCACUUCUCAUCUGCCUGCUGGCGCUCACAGCUCUCUGGAAAACCAGGCCAGUGAAUGCCGAUGCCACAUCUGAUGCCUUUAAAACCAAUAUCACCCUGUUCACACGGAUCCUGGACAGCCUGCUGGAUGGAUAUGACAACCGUCUACGACCUGGUCUUGGGGACAGGAUAACUGAGGUGAAGACAAACAUCUACGUCACCAGCUUUGGACCAGUUUCAGACACAGACAUGGAGUAUACCAUAGAUGUUUUCUUCCGGCAAAGCUGGAAGGAUGAGAGGUUGAAAUUUCAUGGACCAAUGAAUAUUUUGCCCCUCAACAACCUGAUGGCAAGUAAAAUCUGGACUCCGGACACCUUCUUCCACAAUGGGAAAAAGUCUGUGGCUCAUAACAUGACCAUGCCUAAUAAACUGUUGAGGAUCAAAGACGAUGGGACACUGCUGUACACCAUGAGGUUAACUGUGCAUGCAGAGUGCCCAAUGCAUCUGGAGGAUUUCCCCAUGGACUUUCAUUCCUGUCCACUAAAAUUUGGCAGCUAUGCCUACACAAUCUCAGAAGUGACUUAUGCUUGGACUCGAAAUGCCUCUGACUCUGUGGUGGUGGAAGGAGAAAGCUCCCGCCUGAACCAGUAUGACUUGCUUGGACAAACGGUCGGACAAGAAACUAUCAAGUCGAGUACAGGUGAAUACACAGUGAUGACGGCUCAUUUCCAUCUGAAGAGGAAGAUCGGCUACUUUGUCAUCCAGACAUACCUCCCGUGCAUCAUGACAGUCAUUCUUUCCCAAGUGUCUUUCUGGUUAAAUAGAGAAUCAGUGCCAGCUAGGACUGUGUUUGGUGUAACCACCGUUCUCACGAUGACAACACUGAGUAUAAGCGCCAGGAACUCCCUUCCCAAGGUUGCCUACGCCACUGCCAUGGACUGGUUCAUCGCUGUCUGCUACGCCUUCGUCUUCUCCGCUUUGAUUGAGUUUGCCACCGUCAAUUACUUCACAAAGCGCGGCUGGGCUUGGGAUGGAAAGAGUGUUGUGACUGACAAGAAAAAAGAGAGGGCAUCUGUCGUCAAGAAGAAUAAUGCCUACGCUGUAGCAGUGGCCAACUACGCGCCAAAUAUCACCAAGGACUCCAGCACACUUCCAACUAUUGCCAAAGGUGGAGCUUCGGAUCCCAACAAGGCCAAAGCAGACGGCAAAGCUCAAGAAAGCAAGAAGACGUUCAACAGCGUCAGCAAAAUUGACAGGAUGUCAAGGAUUUUGUUUCCGGUUCUCUUCGGCUCCUUCAACCUGGUCUACUGGGCCACCUACUUAAACAGAGAACCCGUUAUAAAGGAUAUGGUCCCCUCUAAUUAGAGGCCAGUUUUAGUGGGUUCUGGUCUGGGGACUAAGAGACGAACCAAAUACCUCCAGCAACUGUGUACACAUACCUUUGCAGAGUGAAGUCCUGGAUUGCAGUGUGAUCCUCUAUCUCCGCCUGUUUUCUACACUGUCUGCAGCACUUUUGAAAAGCCUGGCUUUUGUAAAUGUGUAUGUAUAUUUAUAUUCAUGGUUUCAUGGUGACAUAUUGUGUGAUUACUUCGAUUAGAGUGCAUUUUUCCUUGAAAGUAUGUUUCCGGUUACAGUAUGUGGUCACUGUAUAUACAAGUCAAAUGAAGAGUAGAGAUUAACACUUUAACACAUACGUUUUAUUUAAGAUUACUUCUGUGUUGAAUUUAGCUGGUAAUGCCCACUCUCUUGAUAUUACAGUAUGUAUUUUUCUUUUGAGUGAAAGGGACUAAUUAUGUCAUAUUUGUUACUUUCUUUGCCAUCUACUGUAAGAGUGACCUAACUUUUUUCUUUGUCUAAGCCAAUGCAAAAACACACUUGUAUAAUAUUGUUAUUAACUGUAACUACAGGUAUGGGGCUGCAAACUGAUCUCCAGAAUUACCGAAACACGCCAAAAAAUACAGAGGAAGCUACACUGGUGACUUUGUGUUCUUGUACGUUUAAUACUGUGUAGUGCUGCCAACGUCAGGUUUCUAUAAUCUAUAACUUAAUAAUUUAAUACUAUUGGAAGCAUCUGACUUAAUGAUAGAAUGAAAGUCUAUAAAGUUCAUCCAUUAUGAAUCAGCACUUUGAUAGUCAAUAGAAACGUAAUUAACUGAAAUAACCUGCAACUUAACGUGCUUGUAAAUUAAUUGAUCAUGUCAGGGGGCAAAAGAAAACCAAACAAAGACAUAGAGCAACAUAAUGAUCAUAUUUGUUGUGUUAUUGCCACCUUACAAAUGUAAGUCUAGCAUUCAUUCUCCUUUUAGCUCUGUUUUGGUCUCCACCAGCUCACAAGGAAACUAUCUGGGACUUUAGCCUUUUAGAUGUUGAGUUUCUUCACUAGCCUGCUAAGUUGCUAACUUCGUCUGUCUGACAUUUGGUGCUGGGCAGGUAGAGUCGGUUUGUCAGACAGUAAAUCCAAAACCAAAACAACAAGUUAAAAUAGACUAAAAAGCAGCAAGUUGAGGGAUCAAAAACAUUGCAUGCAUCAGUGCAGUGUCAAUAAUAAACAUACAGUAACAUAAAUGGAAUCUGUUGCUAAAAGUACAUAAGAAUUAUUAUGAGAUGACAAAUUAGAAUAAGAAAAGCAAGAAAAAUAUCAUUUUUUUUUCAAAUCAUUUUGUAAAUCUUUAUUUUAUUUAUUUAUUUUAGCAAAGUUAUGAUCUAAAUAAUGUUACACACUAAUUACUACUGUAUGAUUUAAAUGCACACAAAGUCUUCAGAUCAUCAUCAUGGGUAAACUUGUUUAAAUGUGUUUAAAAUGUGUUUAAUACAGCUUUUGAUUGGCUUGUCUAUGGUGGUAGUAACUCUGGAGGACGGUGUGGAUUUGUUGGUGUAGACUAGAGCAUUGUGGCGGUACUAAUCAGCAUGUCUGCCAUUACAAUUUUAGGUGAUUAUUCAUAUCAAGUGGCUAUUUACAACACAUUUCAUGCCACAUCUUGAAAUAAUUACAGAUAUGAAAGGGACAGGACUGCAAACACAGGGCUGUUUUGUGCCAAUGUGAACUUCAUUGAAUUGUGUGUGGAUGAUAGUCACAUCCCUCUGCCAGCAAAUCUUUUGUGUAAUAGACCUAAAGGGAGAGAUACAGCCAGGAUGUGGGACUAAAUUAAUAUUUUUGAUCAUGAAUUAGAUUUGUAGUUUUAUCUCAUAGUCUUGGUUGAUUGUUGUAUACAUUUGUACUUUGGACUAACUCAAAAGCCAUAUCCAGUCCAGUUCUGUAAAACAAACAAAUUAACAGGGACAAACAAUGAUUGUACUUCAUGGGCAUACUGUAGAAGGCAUAAACUUAUUUUGACACAAUCUCUGCCAUAGAUGCUGUGUAUCAAGAAAACAACUCAUGAUCAGCCCCAUAUCAGUAGCCGUAAAUCGUACUCUACUGUUUUGAGUGUAAUGAUUUUGCUUCACAUCAAUAUUUUAACUUAAUUUGAUUGUUGAAUCAAACUUUGCAUGAAGAUGAAAUCUAGCAUUUUGUUUUUAUUUUUCACCAAUCAUGCCAUCAGAUAUAAAUGAUUUUUAAUUCAUAGUUUCUCCAACAUUCUGAUAGAAUCUUAAACAUUCCAGAUAAAAUGAUUGUUCACGAGGUGGAUGCUUGAUUCAGUGCACAGUUUCUAAUAAAACGUAUAUCAUUUCAAUUCUU